AUUAGUUACUUGACUCAACUAUUCUAAUUACAUGGUUAUAGACAUAUAAGUGAGGGUAUGAUUUUUCAAGAAAUCCUUCUCCGUUUGAGGAACAUAAAGGGACAGACAAAAAUGCGAAAAAAGGAAAGCCGUCACUGGGGAUCGAACAAGAAUCUCUGGUUCCGUAGACCAGCGCCUUUUCCAUUGGGUCAUGAAGUCCUUUUAUCUACUGUUUGUGAUUAACAGUAAUAAAAUUAAUUCAGUUCUUUUCAUUCAAGUUAAGUUGUUCCAUUCUUUGCCACCUUUUGCCGCCGAGUGAUCGAACCGAACCAACGAACCAGGCUCGCGAGCUGCACUGCAACAAGCUUUUUUGCGCAUACAAGUUUGGUGACGACUCACUUCUGCACCGAGCCACCUCCAACUACACUUUUUUUAUUAUUAUUCUCUGCCGGCGUGGCUUUCUUUCUUCUUUUAUAAAAGUCAUAUCAUAAUCAUAAUAAUAUUAAUCGAGUUUUCCGCAGAGAAAAAAAGGGGUCGAACGAGUGAAUCAGAACAUAAGUGAAGACUGCGAAUAUAGGAACCCAAUCCUAAUUCUAUUGAAUUUUUAUUUUUAGCGGUGGAAAUUCAUCAUCGAUCGCAUCUAUUCCAUAAAUAGCAAAUAGAAAACAAUGGGUAAAAAGCAAUCUUUUCGGAGCAAAGCAGCCUACUUCGUUUCUGAUCUCACCACUGGUCUUCUCAACCCUAUUUCUGACAACAACAACAACAACAACAAACCCCCUUCUCUCCCUCCUUCCGGAGAAGAAGAAAAAGAAGAUGUGGGUGAGUCAAAGGGUGGUAGUGAUGAUGUGAUAAUUGAUGGGCCUGAUACUUCGUCCUUCACUGCGUUUCUCUAUUCUCUGUUGUCUACUUCGGAUUCCGGGGAUAAAGUUGGUGAAGCUGAUAAGAAGAAUGAUGAUGAGGUGGCAGGUGAUGACUCUUUACUAUCAGACUCAGCCACGAAGGAAAGUUUUGUUGUGAAGAAAAGUUUGUUUUCCAGGAGCAAACAUUCACUUGGUAGGGCCAUUCACCAAAUGGGUGGAUUUAGCAACAGGGAUAGCAAUUACACCGACGAAGGUGGCGUUGAGAUGAAGCGCAUUGUGAAAGAGCCAUUGGCUGUGGCUGUGUCUGGGGUUGGUGAUCAUCUGCCUCAAAUUUCUGAGCCUUCAAUGCUUGUUUCCGAGGGUGUGCGAAAUGCGGUGUAUGCUUCACUGCCGGCACUUAUUCGUGGCCGGAAAUGGUUUAUGCUGUACAGCACUUGGAAACAUGGUAUAUCACUUUCAACUCUUUACCGGCGAAGCAUGCUUUGUCCUGGAAUGAGCUUGCUGGUUGUUGGAGAUCGUAAAGGGGCAGUGUUUGGUGGCUUGGUUGAAGCUCCUCUAAGACCAUCCAACAAGAGAAAAUACCAGGGAACAAACAAUUCAUUUGUUUUCACAAACACCUCUGGUUGUCCUGUUAUAUAUCACCCAACAGGAGUAAACCGCUACUUCACACUUUGCACCACUGACUUCCUAGCAAUUGGUGGCGGAAGUCAUUUUGCACUUUAUUUGGAGGGUGAUCUAUUGAACGGAUCAAGUUCGGUUUCAGAAACUUAUGGGAAUCCUUGCCUUGCACAUUCUCAAGAAUUUGAAGUGAAGGAAGUAGAGUUGUGGGGCUUUGUAUUUCCUUCUAAGUAUGAGGAAAUAGUGGAAUUGAGCAGAACAGAGGCACCUGGGAUCUGUCGCUGGUAAAUGUCUCUGGAUAUGUUUCAAUGCCUCCCUGUUUGCAUUUUAUUGAAUGGUCAUGCUGAGUCAUAAACAUGACGAUUUCUGAUAGAAAGGGAUGCAAAGUUGAUUGAUAGACGUUAUGGUGAAGAAAUUCCAUGUAGCAUGCUUGUAAAUAUUAGCAAGGCUGUAUACACUAUAUACAGGUUCAUACCCAUAUUGCAAAAUGGCCGAUUUUGUGUGGAAUAAAAACUGGAGCAAAUUCAUGUGAUUAUGAAUGAUGUUGCUAGUGAAGGAAAACGAAGGAUAACCCUAUUGCUCAAGCAUUGUUGAAGUUAGCUGUUCUGCAAACCAAGAUGCUUUAGAAGAAAGAGGAUGUCUUUUAUAUCAUGCAUAAGAUAAGAGGUGUUCACAAAUCACAAGGGAUAUUUUGAUAGGCUGGACUAUAUUUCUAUAUCUAAUGCCAAUGCUUCUUUCAUAUGCAGCAGCUCCAUCUCCAUAUCAGAUUUUUUUUUUGCCAUGCUGCAUCGUAUUACAUGGUUUUUGCAGUCUGCAUGACACACUAAGACUACCUGAUAUGUAGAGGUAGGUUAGCCAGAUUUAACAUCUCAGUUCCUUCUGCCCAAAUAAAAAGCUAGGCUCUCCAUGUACUACUUGUUGGGUAAUCAAUGCUCACACAAACAAAAUUAUCCGCCCCCACAAAGUAUUGUGAGAACACAACAAAGAUUACACAGUAGGAAAAAUAACAACAAACGCAAGAAUUUAAUGUGGUUCGAAA